CACAGGUGAACUGGGAAGGCGGAGCUUGAACAGGCAAGAAGGCGGGGCUGAAAGUUCCUACCUCCUGGAGAGGAAGAGAAGCAGGUUCCGUUUGGACCUCGCUUAUUUAUCUGUAAAGGAGGGUCAGUACGGAUCCAAUAACCGAGUGUUAUAACUGUUCAACACGAUUCAGUGACCAGCACUGCACACUGACUCCAAAAUGGGUGUCCUGAGAACUUCUGUUGAAGCUGAUGUUUUCUCUUUAUACCAGACAUCCAGAAACUUUGCUGGCCUUUUUGGACUUUAGAAGAGAGUGGAUUUGGGGAAGAGGCAGAAUCCUUGCUAAUUCACCACCUUGUAAGGAACCAGAACACCUCCUCGUUUUGUCUGCCUUCACACACGGUCUCAGCAUGAGACAGCAGCAGUGGUGUGGCAUGACCGCCAAAACAGGCAGCGUGCUGUCAGCGGUCUUCAGCAUCAUUUCCACCGACCUGUACAUCACCUUUGAAGAAAAGCAAAUAAAGAAUGGCACUUGCACCAGUAUCAGUCCGCAAAACUAUACCGUAACUUACAAGAUGACUCCGCGCCCCAGCUGCUGGAGCCUGAAAAUUCUCGUCAUUUCAUCCAUAAUCACCUUGAUUGUCAGCUUCUUCCUUCUGUACUCCGUGUAUGCCCAGAAAUACAAGGGCCUGGUGAUCUAUGCCAUCUGGAUCCCUCUCUUUGAAUUUAUAAGCAUUAUCAUUCAAGUCGUCACCAACAAUGACUCCAGCAUCAUUGAGGUCAGAGUGAUGCGCUGGUUUGGCUUGGUGACCCGUGUUCUCUUGCACUGUUUCUGGAUGUUCUUUGUCAUCACCUAUGCUCACAGUAUCUACAAAAGUCAAAGCCAGGGCAAUAUACUUACCUACAACAGACGCAUUUCUAUGGGCAGUGGAGAGUUCCCGCGGCGGAAAUCAAAGAUAACCAGCUUUUCCCACCACUAUAAUGAAUAAUGUUGGCCCUUUUCUCCCCUCCCCCCCCCCCCAAGAGGCAGGCCUCCCAGGUUCUCAUGGUAGCUCUAUUUCCAUUUCUUUCUUUCCCUUUUCCCGGAACAGUUCAGCAUGUAGAGGCCCUGUUGCCACUCUUUCAGAGGAAUAUGGAGAGAAAAUGUGGUUCUAAUCACAUCUGGAACAGCCUGCUUGUUGAGGGUGCUUAGUUAAAGGACAUUAUUAUUUAUCAAGCCUUCCUUGAGUUCAUCCUUCCUUUUCUGGUCGAUACCAACUUAUUGGUGAAAAUAAAGAGGGCGAGAGAAGGAAAAGAAGCUGAACUGCGGCAUAGCAAUCCCUUUCAUCUUGGUAUGUCCUCAGUAGCCUUCAACCCACAGCUCUCUAACCCUGGGAUUGGUAAAUCAGUACUUAUAUCUCAAA